CAUCACGAGUGUCUGCCACAAAUACAGCACAUGGUCCUGGCUGGCAGCUGUUUUUGCAAGAGGACACGACCCGAGAACCAACCUCCGAACUCGGUUACACGCCUUACACCUCAGUGGAGCUGGUCACUGUGAGCCUCUCACAUACUUGAAGUGUAUAUGAGCGAAGACGGACAGAAAGCACUGAACUGUGAAUUUGAGGGCUUUUGAACUAAACUAUAUUUCGAUAAACUUAGUUUGCUGCAUCAACCAAGAAGCAUGUCGACAAAUCAAGUUAAAAGCUGCCCUAUUCCCACCAGGGUGCUUACCCUGAAGGACUGGUCUCAGCUACCCGACUGCUACAGCCAGACUCCCGGGGGUACACUGUUCUCCACCACGCCCGGAGGCACCCGCAUCAUCUAUGACAGGAAGUUUCUGUUGGAUUGCAGAAACUCUCCACUUGCCCGCACCCCACCGUGCCUCCCCCAGAUCCCAGGGGUAACAUGCCCAGCAACUCACACUGUGAGCAAACUGCAGGAUGUCAAAGAGGAGGUGGAAGAGGAAGAGAAGGACAUUGCGGCAGAUGACAACCAGUUUGAGAUGGACAUCUGAGUUUUACCUCCUAUGGAGAGUUGAUUAAAAAAACAAAAAAAAACUCAAUGGUCAGUCUUGACCGUAAAGCAUUGCAAUAAAGCUUUUUGUUCACUUUUUGUUUUUUAAACAAAGGCCAUGGAACCAAAAAGAAUGAAAGCUGAGAAAAGUAGGGUGUUUUUGACCCUAAAAAGUGUGUUUCGCUUGGACAUGGUACCAAAUGGUUUAGUUGCUCACUUGAGCAGGAUUUGGGGGGAACCUAAUCUUGAUUUCACUUUUUUUUAUCUUUUGUAUAUAUUACAAUGUAUAAUGUAACUUUUUUAAGUUGGUGAAUAAAGAUCAUUACAUUAAGAUAUGUACAUCAGCCUUUUCACUGCAGGUUUCCUUUUUUUCCCCCACCCCUUGAAUACAUACGUAUAAGACUCUGCAAGUGUCUCCUUUCUUUUGAGGGUCAGCGCCUAAAAACUGCCCAGACUGUUUGUUUUUUAUUUUUAUUUUUUUAAUGGAGAAAGGGAUUAACUGUGAAUAAUUCCAAAUAAAGGCUGGUCAAAGUGU